UGUCUCUUAGUACCGAGUUUAUGGCACAUAUGUCGUUGACCGCCAACGUGACAGACGUAAUAAUUAUCUUCGUUGUAAUACGUGAAAGUAUCGCAAUGAUCAGAUCGAUGUGACGAACUGUUAAACGUGGGAAAUGGAGGAAAAUAUCGAUAUUUACAUGGAUUUACCAGAUUUCGAUUUGACGAAAUCUAACAUAAAUGACCAAUCAAAGACUGAUAAUGCUUGUAACUGUGAGGAAUUAAAGAAAAAAUUUAAUUCACUUACCAGUGAAUUUGAAAAUAUGAAAAAGAUCAAUCAAAACUUGGAGACAAAUCUAGCUUCCUUAUUGAAAACUGCAAAAGUGGAAAUUGCACGGAAAGACAAGACAAUAGAGGAACUUAGAAAUCAGUUAGAUAAUGCAGCCUUCAGAAGAAACAAUAGAUCUUUACAUUUUUCAACCUUCAGAUCAUAUCAACACAAUGCAAUAACCGAAAUGUAUGAAACUUCUGUGAUGAAUUCGGAAGAGAACACAUUUAUGUCACAGCAAAUUGAAUCACAUUAUACUGAAUAUAAAAGUAGAAAGCCACAAAAUAAUACUGAUCAAAUACCAGUUACAGUAUUUGGAGAAAGAUUACACAAAAGAAUCAUGGAUGAUAAGAGAGAAGAGAAGAGGCUAAGAGCAUUAUCAAAGCUUAGCUCAGAGACCAACGUAAAUAAAAUCCCUGAAGAAUGCAUUGUAGAAAGUGACAAAGAGAAUGGAUCUGAAUCCAGUAUAAAUAACAACGCUAACGAAUCUAAUGCUAUUGCUCGAAAUUCUAAUUCAGGGACUUCAUAUAAAAAGGAUUCAGGGAAAAGGCUGAAUGAGGAGAAUGAUACUUGUAAGAACAAACGUCUAAAGACUGAGGAUAACGAGGAUAGGAAAGAUUACGAUACCGAUUACAAUCGUACUGCACAAUGCGACAUGAAGGACGAUCUUACGAAAUUGGAGGAUCAACUAUGUGUUAUGUAUUCUUAUAAAAAAGAUCAAGUUCCGCUUGAGACGAAACAUAGGGCCUCUUCGGAAUACAGAGACACGAGACAGGCGCGGAGUUGUAGAAACGAAUGGAGAAGGGAGGAGAGAACUAGUUCAACAAAGGAUUACGAUGACGCCCGUGCUAGUAAAGGAUCUGUCGAUAACUCGAGAAACCAUCGAACUGCUUCGAAUGAAAGGCUCAAUAGCGACAACCAACAUGAUAAUUAUAUCAACGGAUACAGAAAAAACGAUUACAGACAUGGUUCGUCGAGUUCUAGGAGUUACUCCAAGAGCAAGAGUGAUUACGAGAGCUCGAGUAGUCGUCGCUUACGGGAGAAAUCGAGCAGAACGUACAGAGAUAGGAAGUACGACGACUACAAAUAUGAUAGCCGACAUAAGAGCGACAGGUCGAGGAGAGGCUACGACAGCAAGGAAACUGGUGAUGUUAGGACAAGAUACAGUAGUAGAGACCGCGGCAACUUGCGAGAUAAAUUAAGACAUACUACGAGCGACGUCGAGGACAGAGAAAACAAAAGUAGUUCGUACAAAAGUAACAAGUACGAUGAUCGUAGACUAAAGGAGACUGCAGCGAACGAUUCGGAGGAUAAGAGAUCGCACAGAGGUAGUAAAGCUGCGAUAGAAAUCGAUCCCCGGACGUCUUCUAAUCGAACGGUUGUAAAUACUACGGUGGACCACGACGUCGGGAGCGCAGAACAGCAUAGCGCGAAGAAUGAACCACGUGCAUCUGCGAGUUUCGCAGAAAGCACAUGUGCUACGGACGAGAGUAAGGAUAACACGAGGGACAGGAGUAAUUUGGAAGAGGGCGAGAUUUUAGAAAGUCCCCAUCCUAGUCCCGAGAAGAAGUGUGAUUCUGCCAAGAUUUCCACGGCUCGAGUAAUAGAGGAAAAUGUUGCAGAUCUUCAAACCGAAGGUGCAAACGAGGAUGCGCCUGUGGAUAUCCAAACAACUUAUGUUAAAUCCGGGGGUUCGGGUCAAAUUCUUGAAAAUAGUACCGUUAUAACGAAGAAAUUGGGAGAAAUGACGGAGACUGACGCGAGACAGACUGAAGCAGCGGUGCCUGUUUCGCAAGGGGAUGCGGAAGAUACUGUUCACGUGGAGACGACGUGGUUAAAUCCAGCUGGCGAACGCGCUGCGACGACUGACGGUCGCAACGACUCCGAUAUGAGUAAUCAAAACUCCGGUGGAAAUGCAACGGAUUAUAUUAUUUUAGACGCUCUGGCAAUCGAGGAGGUGUACAGCAAUAACAACGACGUAGACGACUGUAAAAACUGCAUCGACGAAAAUUUACGCGAUUACAGCAACGAUGGCUUUCAGGCCAGACUUGAGGAGAUGUAUGAUUUCAGUAACGAAAGUGCUGUUAGAAGCGAAGAGAUGGGCGACUCUAACGCCGAAGGCACUGUUGUUGAAGUUGACAAGGUGGACAAUCCUGGAACCAACAAUGAUGUUUGCCAAACUGACCGUGAAGACGUGCAAAGUUCUAAGGAUACCACGCAAGUCGAGACUAACUGCGAUAACGUCGAUAAAGGUGAAGUAGUACCUGGUGGAAACGAGACUUCUCAUCAAGUACCUGACAAAAGCAACGACGAAGUAAGCCGUGCAUGCCUCGAUGACCAUAAUUACGUUCGAGACGCCGUUAUUGAUGCUUCAGUUCUUGAUACUUCUGUUCCCGAUGCCUCUGUUUCCGAUGCAUUCGUUCCCAAUGUUUCUGUUUCUGAUGCCUUCGUUCCCGAUACUACAGCUAGCGCUUUAGAAUGUCGGGAACCCCUGUCGAGCACUACGAUGCCAAAGGAAUCUGAAACAGAAGAAACGGUCAACAACCAGUCAGUUGAUGUGAAGAAGAUAACGUUGUCCGCGAUGAAGAACAAGAAGGACCGGAAUAGUAAAGCGGUAGUGAUCUCGCGCCGCCGAAAGGCCGUCACAUUGAGCGAUAACAACGCGUCUAUGACUGUUCUGGUAAAUACGGAUUCGACAAGACCAUCUCUUGUUGACAAUCCUGUGGAUGACAAGAGUGAUUCUGUGUCGAAGCCGCGGGCGUGUAAACUCGUGCGCACCGUAAAGCCGCCCUGUAAAUAGUUAUCCGAGGUAUAGCUAUAUAACAUAUCUUUGUACAUAAUGUUAAUAAUGCAGAUACGUGUACGAAUAUGUACACUACGGACAUGUAUAAAACGCGACUGUAUAAACUACGAACAUGUAUAAACCGCGACUGUGUAUAAACUACCGACAUGUAUAAACGAGGAGUCUUGAAAUAAUUUAUAGUAGGCGAUCGUACGAA